ACGGCAGGAGGAGGAGUGGGAGAAGAGGGGGAGGAGGAGAGGAGGAGGACGAGGAGAGGAGUGGGAGAAGAGGGAGGAGGGGGGGGGGGAUGGCGAGUGCUGCUCCCGCUCCGGGUCCCGGCCCGUUCGGCGUCACGGCCAAGUCGCUGCUGGGCGAGAAGGUCGCCUCCGGCACCGCGGACCUCGUCUCGCUCUCGCGGCAGAUCCUCAAGGGGUCCCGCAGCGCAGAGCUCCUGGGUCAGGCAGCACGCAACAUGGCCGCCCAAGAGGAUGCCCUCCUGAGAUCUGAAGAUAACAUGAAAAAGAUGCAGAUAAUAACGUCGCAUCUCCAAUACCAGCAGGAGUCCAUACAGAAAAACGUUGAGAUCUCCUCAAACGUCCUCGAUCAACUCAACCACCUGCUCAAGUAGCGGCCGCCCCCCCUCCACCCAGACCACCGAACUAUUCACCCUUCAGCGAUUCCACGAAUUGCCGGAUUGGGGGCUGACAGGUUCCAUUCUAAGAAUUUAUUAAUUUCGUUUGGCUUCUCGAGUCCGUGUGUCUCGUGACCGUCGGUGUCAUCCAUACCCUCUCUCUUGCACGGUCUCUCUCGUCCGCGCAGAAUGUUUGUAUUGUUGGUUUCGUUCUAGCGACCUAAGAGAGGCGUUAAAAUUAUAGUUUCCUUAAUUGUUUAUAAAUAGAGGCGUCGCCUCGCUGAGACAAACCGCUCAAUGGC